CUGGGGGACACACUAUCGGAAAAUUCUGAGUCUGCCUGCUAGUCCAUCCCAGCCCAGUCCAGCCCACGUGCUGUAGUUGGUGAGAAGCUUCGCUGGUGGACACACCCCAGUCUGCCUCAGAUUAAAGGACUGAAAGAUGACACAGGAACAGUACUUGACUCAACGAAACAACAUUCAGACCUCAGAAAACCAGUAUGUCUACAAAGUUGGGAUUUACGGCUGGCGAAAGCGGUGCCUUUAUUUGUUUGUCCUCCUCUUGAUGAUUCUGCUGUUGGUGAAUCUUGCUUUGACAAUAUGGAUCCUGAAAGUCAUGAAUUUUACAAAAGAUGGCAUGGGGCAUCUAAGAAUCACUGACAAGGGUCUGCGGUUAGAAGGACCGUCUGAGUUUUUGCAGCCUUUGUAUGCCAAAGAAAUCCGAUCCAAAGCAGACAGUUCUCUUUACUUGCAGUCUUCUAGGAAUGUUACAGUGAGCAUCCGCAAUAGUGAGGAUCAGACAGUUACACAACUAAAUACAGGAAGUGAAGCUGUAGAAGCACGUGGAAAGAGGUUUGAAGUCAACUCAAAUACUGGGAAAUUAUUGUUUUCCGCAGAGGAGAGCGAAGUCGUUGUCGGUGCUGAUCGUUUACGAGUCUUAGGUGCUGAAGGGGCUGUGUUUGAAAGCUCUCUAGAAACACCACAAAUCCGGGCCGAGCCAUUUAAAGAGCUAAGGUUAGAAUCACCCACACGUUCACUGAUACUGGAGGCACCGAAAGGAGUCGUUAUUGAAGCAGAGGCAGGUAACAUGGAAGCAGUUUGUCGAACGGAACUGAAGUUGGAAUCCGAAGAUGGUGAAAUCAGUUUGGAAGCCAGGAAAAUAAAAUUACCCAGACUACCAAUGGCUUCACACACUUCCAUACCAUCUGCUCGACAGAACAUCUUUGAGGUGUGCGUCUGCCCGAAUGGAAAACUAUUCCUGUCACAAGCAGGGGUGGGCUCCACCUGUCAAAUAAGCAGCAGUGCCUGUCUAUAAAGGGGGAACUAAACUUACAGAGGGACAAAAUCCACAGGCAUCACCAACGGGCAGGUUCCGACCUUGCAAAUGCGUGGCCAUUUCUGCACGCUACCAGCCUGCUAAACACUGUGGAAAAGGCCUCUUGAAUGGACUCUGUGCUGACUGAUUUCAACCCUUUUGUUUCAGUAUAAGGGAUAAAAAUGAAACAGGAAUCAUUUAUACUGAGACAUGUUCCUAUAACAUCUCUGUUCAAAGAGGGAGAAAAACAAAAGUAUGCCUUUGCCUUAACUGAAUGCACUCAGCAAGGAAAGCACAUUAUUUUUAAGUUUCAUGUGUGUAAUUGGGAGUGCAAAGAUUACAAAAUAUGUAAACUGAUCAAAAUCCAUUAUGGAAGUUGAACCCAAUAAUCAUCAGGUUAUGGACUGUAGAAGUUUUGGUUGUGUACAUUAGGAAGGAAAUGAAAUAAUAUAGAAGAAGGUAUAACAAAGUAAUGGUUGUUUAUUUUCUACCCUUAAGGUACCAUAAGGUAGUGUGAUGAUGGGUGUCAGUAAUCACAAUAAUCCCGUUUUGAGGGAUUUUCUUUUGUGAUACAUCAAUGUACUCCAGUUAUACUGUUCUUUUUGAAGUCUAACAUCAUAAAAUAUUGAUCAAUUAAUAAAUACUUCACUUUUUAAUCCUU